GCGAAGGUGAAACACCAAGGACGGCAGUUCACAGAGGGAGCAAUCAGGGCUGUUGGUCUGUGGAUUGUUGCUGGCAAAAGAUUAAUAGGCUCAGUUCCUCAUCGCUGUGUCACAUGCUGCAAGCUCAGAGGAAAACUUGAGACACAAAAGAUGGCUGACCUCCCUUCAGAACGUCUGAGCUCAUCUCCACCAUUCACGUAUGUAAGGUUAGAUGUUUUUGGACCCUGAAAUGUGAUCAGUCGACGCACAAGAGGCGGAAUGGCUCAAAGUAAGCGAUGGACUAUACUUUUUACAUGUAUGAGCACCAGGGCUGUACAUGUGGAAGUUAUAGAGUCCAUGGAUACUGCCAGUUGUACCAAUGCCCUGCGAAGGUUCUUCGCCUUAAGAGGGCCAGCUAAGCAGCUGAGAUCGGACAGAGGCACGAACUUUGUGGGACCCAGCUCUGAGCUGUGUAUGGAACGAGCUGAUCCAGGUCAAGCCUCCACUCUUAAGUUCCUCCACGAGAAUGGUUGUACCUGGGAAUUCAAUCCUCCACACGCAUCCCAUAUGGGAGGAGUCUGGGAGCGCAUGAUCGGCAUAACCCGAAGAAUUCUUGACUCCAUGUUGCUGCAAACCAGACAUACUCACCUGACCCAUGAAGUGCUUUGCACCCUCUUGGCAGAGGUAUCUGCUAUCAUCAACGCAAGGCCUUUGAUCCCAGUCUCUUCUGAUCCCACUUCUCCAAUGAUGGUGACCCUUGCUAUGCUCUUGACCCAAAAACCGGGGAAACCUGCUCCACCUGGAGGCUUCAAUGAAAAGGAUCUCUUCAAGUGUCAGUGGAAACAAGUGCAAGCAUUGGCAAAUGAAUUCUGGUCUCGAUGGAGGGAUGAAUAUCUCCACACCCUUCAGCCAAGACGCAAAUGGCACACACCACGUCGUAACCUGCAGGUUGGAGACAUAGUGCUGCUGAAGCAGAGCCAGACACAUCGUAACGAGUGGCCGAUGGGGCUUGUCGUCUCCACCUUCCCAAGCAGUGAUGGACAGGUCCGCAAAAUUGAAGACAGGACGUCGCAAGACAAAAUAAAGACUUUCUUGAGGCCUAUCUCUGAUGUUGUCUUGCUCCUGGCAAAAGAAAAUCAAAGUUAAAGUACAGAUGCUUUAGUGGCAUUAGUGCCAGACGGGGAGUGUUCUGCCCCAAGUGUUUAAUAUGUUAAGAAGAUCGAUUUUAUUAGAAAAGAUCUGUUUGUGUUGUUAAUUUUGAGAGUGCAUUGCUGAGCUUUUAUUUUGAAACUGUAGAAUACAGGAAGUAGGAAGCGCUGAGCAGAGCGAAAAACGGUAAAAAAGCAUGUCAACAGUUGAAAGAUGUAGCACGUUGAAAUCAGCUUAUUCCUGUGCAUGAAUCCAUCAGAAAGCAAUGCCUUUUCACUCCAUUUUCAUUGUGUCACCCGACUUGACCUGUUAAGAAGUCAUUAAAGGAGCAAGCACGCUCACUUCCUGACUCUUGAAAAGGAGUUUGGCUGGCUGUUUAUUCAUGUUAGCACUUUGGAAGUAAAACACAUGAAGAGAACAGUACAACGAUCAUGUGAAGUCAUGCUGAGAAAAAGGUUUUCCAACACCCGGACAGGGUGAUGACAACCGUUACGGUUGCUCAUUGUCGUCUGCAUAACAUUCUGCUGUCCCCUUGACGUGUAUUCUUGUGUUUGUUUGCCUAGUGUCUCGGUACAUCCCGGUCUGUAACUACAGCAAUAACAUCAGGUUUAAAAUAUCUGCAGUGCAGCGAAAUAAAGGUUAGCUGCAAAGAGGCUCUUAUUGCGUGCACUCUUCACUUGA